CACUCUGUCCAAAGCCAUCUUUUAUCCGUUGGAAUUCAUCUUCAUCGCCAUUAACGUUUUAAUACUCCAAAGUCCAAGCCAAAGCAACGAAAAUUUCACCCUCUGUUCGAUACUCUCUAUAGAUUAUACUUAGGGUUCAAGAGUUUUGAUCCAAUCAGCUGAAGGAAUCAUGGAUCAGAAUCAGAAUAAGCAUCUGGCCGAUCAUACCAUCGAAACCCAAUCACAACCCCAAGAGUCCCAGAUACCUGAGAAGCAGAAUCCUCACACCUCCGAAUAUGCUCCUUACCCAAAGCUCGAUCCAAACGACGUCGCUCCUCCUCCUCCUCAGAAUUUCGGUAACGCAUCUAUGGGUCCUUCACCACAGUCUCACCCUGCUCCAGCUGAAGGCCCAGCUCCGAUCGCUGGAGCUGCUGCCACAACUAUGCCUGCCGAGUCUAACCCCUACGUAUCUCCGGCGCCUGUUGCAUCAUCUUCCUCCAAGAAUAAGAUGGAAGCGGUGAAGGAUGUGCUGGGGAAAUGGGGAAAGAAGGCUGCGGAGGCAACUAAGAAGGCCGAAGACCUUGCUGGAAACAUGUGGCAACACUUGAAAACAGGCCCUAGUUUUGCUGAUGCUGCUGUGGGAAGAAUUGCUCAGCAAACUAAAGUUCUUGCAGAAGGAGGUUAUGAGAAAAUCUUUCGACAAACUUUUGACACUGUUCCUGAGGAACAACUUCAGAAGACAUAUGCAUGCUAUUUAUCCACCUCUGCUGGCCCAGUUAUGGGAGUUUUAUAUUUGUCUACUGCAAAGCUCGCAUUUUGUAGCGACAAUCCUCUUUCUUAUCAAGUUGGUGAGCAAACUCAAUGGAGCUAUUAUAAGGUUGUUCUUCCAUUACACCAACUGAAGGCUGUCAACCCUUCAGCAAGCAAAGCAAAACCUGGAGAAAAAUACAUCCAGCUUAUCUCAGUGGACAAUCAUGAAUUUUGGUUCAUGGGCUUUGUACACUACGACAGUGCUGUCAAAAACCUUCAAGGAGUAUUGCAGAACCGCAGCUUGUGAUGUGUCAAUAACCAAGUUCCCAAUCCCUAUCCAAAGGUAGCAUCUGGUAAUGCAAGUUGGUGUGUAGAUAAUCCUAAUUCAAAACAGAAAUGGAUGUUGCAUUUGUUUAUGGCGUUUAUGUGGAAUUUUAUUUGGUGGAUUCUUUUGGUUGAAAUUUGGUGGAGUUGAUGUAUACUCGGUGAAUCAUAAUCGUUUAUUAUGAUAGAAUUUAUAUAAGAUCUCAGCAGUUAUAGUGAAACUGGUGUAUUUUAAUGAUAAUGUUAUGUAUUCAUUUGUGAUUCAAACUCUAAUUAAGAGCGAACUGAGCAGUUGUGGUAUCA